AUGGCGACCAAUGGUCAUUUCGCCGCGAUUGGCGUCGACAAUGACAAGACAGCGUACGAACAUGGUGUGCAAGUAAUAGACGAGAAUAAAGAGUUCAAUCCCAAUAUUUCGAAGUAUCUGAGCCUUGAAAAUGUCACUCCUGCUGGUUUCAACUAUCAUCUCAUUUCCGUCUUUGGUUCGCAGUCAACUGGCAAGUCCACGCUGCUGAACCAUCUCUUCGGCACGCGCUUCUCGGUCAUGUCCGAUUCGGAGCGACGCCAGACAACCAAGGGUAUCUGGAUGUCGAAGAACAAGAAUGAAGGAGAGGCCACCGUGGACUCAACCCUGCGCAUGGCGGAUAACAUCCUCGUCAUGGACGUUGAAGGUACGGAUGGUCGUGAGAGAGGGGAAGACCAGGACUUUGAGCGCAAAAGUGCUCUGUUCGCCCUUGCUACGAGUGAGGUGCUUAUCGUGAAUAUAUGGGAACACCAGGUCGGUCUGUACCAGGGCGCGAAUAUGGGUCUGUUGAAGACGGUCUUCGAAGUCAAUCUGCAACUGUUCCUGAAGGACAAGAACACCACACACCGAUCACUUCUCUUCUUUGUGAUACGUGAUUUUGUCGGCACAACGCCCCUCAAAAAUCUACAGAAGACAUUGAUGGAGGACAUGGCUCGCCUCUGGGAGUCUAUUUCGAAGCCUCCUGGCCUUGAAAGCUCCAGUGUUCAUGAUUAUUUCGAUUUCCAAUUCUAUGGUCUGCCUCACAAAAGCUACCAACCCGAGCAAUUUGUGGCCGAGACAAAGAAGCUUAGUUUGCGAUUCCGCGAUGGCCAAAGAGACCCCAGGAUGGAUGCGCGCAGAGGCGAGUUCUCUGAGGAAGGAGUCUUCCUUCCGGAAUAUCAUCGGCGGAUCCCCGCAGAUGGGUUUUCGCGAUAUGCAGAGGGUAUUUGGGACCAGAUCGUGAAUAACAAGGAUCUCGACCUGCCUACGCAGCAGGAGCUACUUGCACAAUUCCGCUGCGACGAGAUCUUGAGAGAAGUGAUGAUAGCUUUUGAUGAAGCCAUUGUCCCAUUUGAGGAGAAGCAGUCACAAUCUGCGCGUCUUGGUGAGCCGGAGGUACUUGGCGGCUUGGGUGCUGCGAUGCGAUCAUCACGGGCCAAAGCUGUCAAGAACUUCGAGACAGAAGCCAGCAGAUAUCAUAAAGGUGUCUACCAGCGCAAGCGGGCAGAGCUUGAAAGCAAAGUCGAUAGCCGUCUGAAAGCUCUUCUACAAGGUCAACUUAAUGCCGCGCACAAGUCGGGUAUUAACGAAUUCAGUGAGGCAGUUUCCUCCGCUGUGAAGUCAGGUCAAAAACAGGGUACAGGUUACGACUUUGCUGAAAUUGUCAAUGAAGAGGUGAAGAAAGCCAUAGCCAAGUUUGAAGAUGUGGCGCGCUCAACUGUGGUGGAAGGCACCACUUGGAGUGACUAUAAGCAAGAACUGGCCUUGUAUGAAAAGGAACUAGCGGAUGUUAGCGGAAGAUUACGCAGAGAGGAGAUGCGUCGUUUGGCUAAUCGCGUCGAAAGAUGGGUUCAGUCCCGUCUGGGAGAGUCUAUCGGACUUGAGUUCAACGCUUUGGGAUCUGGACGCGCAGGAGGAGGUGCCCCGGAGACAGGGGAGAAGCCUCUGGAGAAGGCUUUCUGGGAUCGUGUGUGGAACGUUUUCGUGGAGACGGUGCUUGAUGCCGAGCGUAGGUUCACAGACCGCGCCAGCAGCUUUGAUGCCAGUUUGGAGGAAGUGGAUGUCGGUCUCUGGAGGCUCCGAAGGAAGUCUUGGGGUGUCUUGCGCGCCAAGAUCGAUGAAGAGAUGACAGAGGGCAAUAUUCUGCUGAAACUGCGUGAGAACUUUGAGGACAAAUUCCGUUACGAUGAUGCUGGGGUACCCAGGAUCUGGCGACCUACCGAUGAUAUUGAAGGCAUCUAUACCCGCGCGCGCGAAUCAACACUGACUUUGAUCCCCUUCUUUCGCGCUUCCGCCUGGCAGAGACGCCACACUCCAAGCUCUGCCACUCCAGCAGAUGAGGAAGAUUUACCGCCCAUCGGCGGUGUCGAUGAGGAAGAGGGCAAGAGUCUGGAUGAAGAGAUGAUGAUUCUCAGCGAGUCUAAGCGUCAAGAGCUCACUGUCAGAUUCAAGAAAGCUGCGGACGGAGUUUAUGUUGAGGCUAAGCGAAGUGCCAUUGGCGGCAUGACUCAGGUGCCUCUGUACUUCUACGGUCUUCUCCUUGCUCUGGGUUGGAACGAGAUUAUCACAGUGCUCCGUAAUCCUGCCUAUUUCUUCCUUCUGUUUGUCUGUGCCGUGGGGGCCUAUGUCACUUAUCAGCUGAACCUCUGGGGGCCGAUAAUUAAGAUGACUGAAGCCGCUUCGAGCCAGGCGCUGGUGGAGGGCAAGAAGCGACUGCGCGAGUUUCUUGAGUCUUCGGAUACCGGGCGGCAGGCCAUUGCCAUGUCGGCUGGCUCGGGGCGCUCUGGCGAGCAAUACGAGCUGUCCGAUCUAAGUAAGAAGGGCAAGGCAAGAACGACAGCCGAUGAAGACAUGGAUGACCUUUGA